AAAAAUAAAUCAAGUUAAUUUCAGAAGGGUGCAUAGUCGGGUUUUUUGUUCUGUUAUAAUAGUUGCGGAACUUCUGGACUUGUUGGUUAUUCUCGACAGCCGUUUAGAUAACCUAACAGAGCCUCAGAUCUUCCCCGCGCUCGCUCUCCCUUUCUCUGAGCAGUUAGCAGCAACUGUACCAGCAAGAAACUGAACCCGCCCUGCACACGCAUAGAAAAGAAAAUAAUUCAAAAAGCAAAAGCAAUUCUUCACAAAUUCAUUCAUAGACCAUGAGCAUCGAGCCUUUCAACAAGUUAGUGAAGCUUGUGGGGAGAGCGUUCUACGACGACAUUACCAAAGGAGAUAAUCAGCCCAAGACCGGCCGGAGCGACAAUAGGGGAAUCGCCGUGGUGGUGCUCGAUGCCCUCUCUAGACGACAAUGGGUCAGAGAAGAGGAUUUGGCAAAGGACUUGAAACUGCACUCAAAGCAACUUCGUCGUACUUUGCGAUUUUUUGAGGAGGAAAAACUGGUCACCAGAGAUCAUAGGAGAGAGACAGCUAAGGGUGCGAAGAUGCAUAAUGCUGCUGUUGCUGCCACGAUUGAUGGGCUACCUGCAAAAGAAGGGGAAGAGAAAGUUAAGAUGCACACUCACUCUUAUUGCUGUCUGGACUAUGCGCAGAUAUCCGAUGUGGUCAGGUACAGAGUGCAGCGUAUGAAGAAAAAACUGAAAGAUGAAUUGGAGGACAAGAACACUGUUCAGGAAUAUGUAUGCCCUAACUGUGGGAAAAGAUACAACGCUUUAGAUGCAUUGCAACUGGUUUCUAUGGAGGAUGAGUACUUCCACUGUGAAAGUUGUAAUGGGGAACUUGUGGCUGAGAGUGACAAGCUAGCUUCACAAGAAGUCGGAGAUGGAGAUGACAAUGCGAGGAGGCGACGGCGUGAAAAAUUGAAAGACUUGCUUCAAAAGAUGGAGGCACAACUAAAGCCUAUAUAUGAUCAACUUAAUAGAGUUAAAGACUUACCUGCUCCUGAAUUUGGAGGUCUCCAAGCUUGGGAAGCGCGAGCAAGUGCAGCUAAACGUGCAGAGAAUGGUGAAUCUAAUGGCAUGGAUCCCUCCAAAUCUUCUCAUGGGUUGGGUUAUGGUGGAACACCAAUGCCCUUUCUUGGAGAUACAAAGGUUGAAGUUGACUUUUCUGGGGUUGAAGGCAAGGGGAAGGAUAUCAAAUCUGAAGCUGAUGGUGCAGGCCUAAAAGUUUUGCCACCUUGGAUGAUCAAGCAAGGGAUGAACCUUACAAAGGAACAACGCGGAGAGGUCAAGCAGGAGGCAAAGAUGGAUGGCAGUGGCAGUUUAGCAGCUCCAGAAUACUCAGAGGACAAAAAGUUUAAUACUGAAAACAAUGAGAAGAAUUUACAGGAUGAGUACUUGAAAGCUUAUUACGCUGCUUUAAUAAAAAGACAAGAAGAAGAAGAAGCAAAGAAAGCACAGGAAUCCUCAGAAACACGUGUCUCUGAUGCUCCUUCCGGAAUGUCUCCUAGCCGUCAGGUCGGCAUGAAAUCAAAGCGUGAUGAGGAUGAAGGAGAUGAUAAUGUGGACUGGGAAGAGGCUCCAAUUACAGGUAAUGAAGAAAAUUACAAGGUCAAUGACUUGAAUGUGGAAGCUGAUGCUACAGCAGAGGCAGAGGCAGAGGAUGAGGAUGAUAUAGACUGGGAGGAAGGCUGAAAGUGCGACGACAGUAUUACACACUUUCAUGGGCUCGUCCCCAUCCUUGGAAGAAUUUGUAUACAUUGAACUUUGUGUUGGUACUGUUAGGAUUUAGGACUGACUGCUGUAAUUUUAGUGAAAAUAUCAUCAGAAUUAGUAUAAUUUAUGGGAAAUGUGUGGACAUUCUAUGCUUGAGAAUUACAGAAAUUGCUACUCCACUUCAUUCCCUCGCUCA